UCGUGAAUGUGCGGUCCUUGUGCGCGGUCUCUAACGUUACUCGUUAGUCUUGACGGAAAUUCAGGUAAAUUUCCUGUAAAACAAGGCAGAGUUUUACAGCUUUGUACAUUCCGUCAUAGGAUGUUGAAGACAGACAAGGUGGUGCAAGUGAAGACAAGGCAGGGGCGGGCUUUACGGCUGGUCAGGGAGCAGUACUUGAGGGAGGAUGUACCCUGCAAUAGUGAGCUCUGCCUGGCAGGGUGCAGAAAAACUGGGAGUUCGACCACACCAGCCGACGUGACCCAUUAUAUUGUUCCCGACUGUCAUGUGACUGGCGAGUUCCUAGAAAUAUUUGAGCUGCCUGAGUUGACAGGAAUCAUCUUCAUGCAAACGGUGCUUCACCAUGUGUUGUAUGAGAAAGGCCAUCGCUUUUACCGACGGAUAAGAGCCAAGGUUAAGGACAGCCGGAACCACUGCACCAUCUUUGCCAACGAGUUUUGCCGCUAUGCCUACAACCCCAGGCAGGCAGGCGAAAGUCAAAACGACUGGCUCGUCAGGGCUGUAUAUGACAGCGCUGUGUGGUACUACAACCAUCUGGCCGGACAGAAACCGAUCGUUUUUCUGACUCAAGGUGAAGAUGCCGUGGUCAAAUAUGGAAGUGAGACCGUUGGUGUCCAUGUCAUGAAUAUUCAGAAGUACUUGGAGGUCUUCUGGCCCGAUCUCACCCAGGCCCACGACAUCUAUGAGUCACUGGCCGCAUCGUUGGCUGACAGCAGGGAAAACAAGAAAGGAAGUUCUAAGGAGUACACGGAUUACCUACCAAGCGAUGUCCUAGCCGCUGGGAUCAAGUCUGGAUUGUACAUAGAGGGAACUUUGAGGGUCAACAAAUACCACGCAGAGAAGGAGGCCUUUGUCGCCCGAGGAAGCGGAAGCAAAGGUAUCAACUUGGACUCGGACAUCUUGAUAUCCGGAAGGAAGAACAGGAAUCGUGCCAUACAUGGUGACCAAGUUGCCGUCGAGCUGCUGCCCAGAUCACAGUGGGUGGGUCAAAUCAACUCCCUAUCUUCAACUGAUGAUCCAGAAGAUGCGUCAGACACAGACCAGAGCAACGUCAAACCCACCGGUCGAAUCGUCGGCGUGCUGCAGAGGCAUUGGAGGGACUACGUGGCGUCCUUCCCAGACAAACAACAGGGCCAGGGUUCGGGAGCAGGGAAGGUCCUUGUCAUUCCCUGGGAUCAGCGCUUCCCAAAGAUACGCAUCAGCACCAGACAAGCGGAAGCACUACGAGAUCACAGGAUCAUUGUACGACUUGACUCGUGGGAGAUGGCCUCACUGUAUCCCAGUGGUCACUUUGUGCGGUCACUCGGACCAAUUGGCAGCCUUGAGACGGAGAUUGCCGCCAUCUUGGUAGAGAACCGCAUCUCUGUCGGGGCGUUCACAGAGGCACAGUUGAAAGAGUUACCUACCAAUUCUGAGGACAACCCCUGGAUGAUGACGGAUGAGGAAAUUAAGCAGAGACGAGACCUCCGGGAGACUCAUCUGAUCUUCAGCGUCGAUCCAAAAGGCUGUGAAGACGUCGACGAUACUUUGUCUGUAAGGGAACUAAAGAACGGUAAAGUUCUGGAACUUGGAGUUCACAUUGCCGAUGUCUCACACUUUGUCCAGCCCAACUCGCUCACGGAUCUUGAGGCCAAGCAGAGAUCAGCGACAGUGUACCUGGCCGACCGAUGUUACAACAUGCUGCCCUCUAUCCUGAGUGCCGACCUCUGCUCUCUGAUUGGCGGAGUGGACCGCUACGCCGUGAGCGUAAUGUGGCAGCUGGACCCCCAAACCUACGAAGUCCGCCAAGUCUGGUACGGGCGUACCGUCAUCCGCUCCUCCCACAAGAUGUUCUACGAGGCUGCACAAGCAUUGCAUGAUGGGAAAGAUGUGAGGCAGGACAUACCAGAAUUGGCAGGAAUGAACGAGGACGAAGUGGAGACACGUUUGUCAGAAUUGCGCUGGUGCAUCGACAAGCUAAUGGACAUCGCCAGAACCCUGAAGGCGCGGAGGGUGGUGGGUGGGGCAGUGCAGUUGGAAAGGGUGGAAGUCAAAGUUGAGCUGAACGAGGAGCAAGAAAUUGAGGAUCUCAUUCCCAAACAGGCUAUGGAGAUCCAUGAGACCAUUGCGGAGUGCAUGAUCUUUGCCAAUCACUGGGUCGCCAAGAAGAUAUCGGAGACGUUCCCAAACUUUGCACUGCUGAGGCGUCACCCAUUGCCUAGGCAGGACCAGUUCCAUUAUCUCAUCGACAGCGCCAAGGUGAAGGGCUUCACCAUCGACACCAGUUCCAACAAGGCCCUUGCAGAUUCGCUUGGCAAGUGCGUUGACCUCAAGGAUCCCAUCUGCAACAAGAUUCUGCGUUCCCUGGCGAUCAAGGCCAUGUCCAAAGCACUGUACUUCUCAACCGGUAGCCUGCCAAUGGAUCAGUUCUUCCAUUACGGUCUGGCUCUGGACAGAUACACACAUUUCACAUCACCAAUCAGAAGACAUGCUGAUAUUAUCGUGCAUCGUCUGUUGAUAGCCGCCAUUUCAAAGGAUCACGAUGGUGGGCAAGGGCUUCCUGGCAACAGCGAACUUGAGGAGUUGUGCGGUCACAUUAAUGACAGACACAGGGAUUCCCAGCUCGCCCAGCAGGACUCUCAGGCUCUAUUCCAAGUGUUGUUCUUCAAGGACAGGGACCCGACAACAGACGAGUGCUGCACAGUGGAUGCUGUUAUCCACGGUCUGAGAGCCAACGGUUUUCUCAUCUUCAUCCCAAGGUAUGAAAUAAAAGGAGCAAUUUCGCUGAAAGACAGAGAAGGUCGAGUGUGCGACCUCUCAGAAGACGGCAGGCCAUCGUGGACAGCAGGCUCAUUGACAAGAACUUCUUAUGGGAUCACCGUGACAACAGCCACCAGCCAAUCAACAUUCAAGCUCUUUGAUCAUGUGACAGUUCGUAUCUCGGUGCUGUCCUCGAGAUCCCACGGAUGGUCUCUUCAGUUUGAGCUGAUUUCCAACCGUCCGCAUCUAGCCAGCCAGCUGACCGAACAAGGCCAAGGACUGCGUACGGACAUCAUAAAGGAGGUCACUGGUGCAUCUAAGAAGCAGCGUGAGACAUCGUUGAGUAGCCUAGAUGAGGACGUGGACGUCAUGGGUCGUAGCUUAGCUCAGCUCAGGCUGGAGUAUGGUCAGACAGACAGUGCCAAGAGCCAGUACCACCUGCUGCAAGAGUUUGUCGAGAUGGGCCUACAGGAGAGUUACAGUGAGCUGGGCUGACCAGCAGAAGAACCUCCUACAUCUCCUCCAGUUUAGCCUUCUAGAGUUUUGGGAUCAGAGACAUUGGAAGUCAGGCAGGGGUAGUGGUUCUUUCCUCGCCUUUCAGCUUGGCAGCCUGGGGUCGAUUCUAGGCUUGUUCCACGUGCGGCUUGGGUUUUCGGUCCCUACCUGAUUCCGUGGGUUUCUGCCCAGACGAUUCCUCUUGGGUUUUCUUCCCACCUCCAAAGCUGUAACUGCUUCUCAUUGUCUCCUCUCUGUUGGUUUCUUCAGGUUGCGAGCCACAGUGCCUAGGGCACUUUUGAGGAAUCCUUGGUGUCACUACAAGAAAUGCUUGGUGAUAAUGAUGUCCUUUGAUGGGCAGGCUUUGCAUAAAGAAUUUGCCUCUCACCACAGUGCUGAAUUUAAUGUUAGGAUUUUGUUAAUCCGAUUUUAUCGGUGAAUGGAAAAAUUACUGAAUGUGUUGCGAUAAAUUUAAUUCAGAGAAUGAUCUUGGUUUCUGCGUCACCUGUUGAAUUUUUGGUGGAAAGCAUACAUCAUAAAUGACCAAGAGGCCCAUUUGUCAAAUGAACACUCAUUGUAACCAACAAUAAUUAUUGAAAAUUUAUUGAUAGCAUUCGUUUGCUCUUUGUGAAGACUUUGUAGUGAAAACCUUUUAAUCAUGUUAAUUGUGCAAUAAUAUUACAUAUAUUGUACUUUGGAUAAUUAUGCAUGGUGUCACAUUUUUGCAAUGAAUUCUAUCGAUUUGGGGUUAAUUUUUAACUGUACUUGUGUCAAUUUGGGGCACAAUUUAGUCUUAAUUGGAGGGAAACCGAAAGAUCUUGAAAGGUCUCAAGCUCGCAAUUCAGUCUUUGGCGUUUAGGUUGGAAUAUAUUUAAUACACUGAAGCUAGCGCUAAAGUUGGUUUCAACACAUACAUGCACAUCCAUGGCUUCAAGUAGAACUUGAGAAAUUAAUGAAGCCGAGUUCCAAUGCCAGCAUA